AUUUAUUUUUUUAAUUAUUCUAUUUGCAGUCAAUGGCAAAGUCUUCCUGUUCAGUCUUAUCUAUACUUCAUUCCCCUAGCUCCCCCCACACAAAUAGUACUAGUAAUACGGGGAAGCAAAUAUAAUCAGCUUGGCAGUUGCAUGAAUGCAUGGCCAACUCCAUUGCAAUAUUCCGUCGUUCUACUACGUACGGCCCCUUGCAGAAAGCCGCUUUAACAACUAUCUGCUGUAUGCUUGCAGUUGCUGCAGGGCCAAACCCCCAGGAGUGUCUUCCUUUCUCCUGUGGUGAUCUUGGCAACAUAUCCUACCCUUUCCGUCUCCAAGGCGAUUCACGUCAGUGCGUUUCUACUCCUCGUCCAUGGUACAACCUCUCCUGCAGCAGGGGCAAGGCCACCAUCCAUAUCAACACAAGAAAGUACUAUGUGAUUAGUAUCAACUAUACUCGUGAGAACUUCUUGGUUGUGGAUGCCACCAUGCAGCUGGAUGAUGAUACAAACGGCACCAGCUGCCCUCUUCCUCGCUCUGAUCACCUUCCUUACAUGAUUUACUGGUCUGAUCUGUCUUCAAUCGAUUCUUAUGGUUUUAAAGAUUUGGUCACUGCUUCAGACACUUGGGCAUGCUUUGUGAAUUGUUCCCGAGCAAUAACGAAUGAUAGCCGGUACAAGCCCGUUACUUGCCUGAGUGGGAACAAUUCAUUCCCUUAUGUGUAUGUCUAUAUUUAUGAUGAUUAUGGUUGCUGUCCUGUCAAAAGGCUUCAACCUUCCUGUCGAUAUUUGGGGAUGAUUCCCUUUGAUUACGUCUAUCAACCAGGGUCAUAUGAUGAUGAUAUCAUGUCAAAUGUACUACAAAGUGCAAGUUACAGAGAUAUCGUGGGAUUCAUAAGGAAGGGAUUCCGCGUUAAUUUUCCCCUUUAUAAUAACGACCAGAGGGCUCCCACGAUCGUCGAGAGAUGCCUAAACAAUUCAAUGAGCUACUUCAAGGAUCAGAUAUCUGGAGCAAGCAUCCCGCAUCUAACUCGCGCUCUUUUCUGGACUGAGAUACACUUCGUACAAUGCGUAUCUACUAACCACGACUACACAAUAAAGUUAUUUUCGGUUGUGAUAACCAUAGUAUCUGCUAUUGAUGUCACCAAGCUACUUUUCGUUCUAUGCAGGUUCGUGUUGGCACCGCUGGUGGUACUCACAUUUCUUGCCCACAAGUACUGGAAAACAAGGAUAGCGAUCGAUGCAGUGGAGAAGUUCCUCCGGAUGCAAGAGAUGCUAGGUCCAAAGAGGUACGCCUACACAGACAUCAUAGCAAUCACAAGCCAUUUCAGGGAUAAGUUGGGCCAAGGAGGAUACGGAUCUGUAUACAAGGGUGUGCUUCUCCCUGGUGACAUCCAUGUUGCCAUCAAGAUGUUGGAUGGAAAAUCCGACUGCAACGGAGAAGACUUCAUCAGUGAAGUUGCCACCAUAGGCAGAAUCCACCACAUCAACGUGGUUCGUCUUGUGGGGUUCUGCUCCGAAGAAAUGAGAAGAGCUCUGGUUUAUGAAUACAUGCCUAGAGGAUCUUUAAACAGGUAUAUCUUCUCAUCCGAGAGAAGCUUCUCGUGGGACAAGCUCAAUGAGAUUGCUCUGGGCAUUGCUAGAGGGAUCAACUACCUGCACCAAGGGUGCGAGAUGCAGAUUCUACACUUUGACAUCAAGCCAGACAACAUCCUUCUGGAUGACAACUUUAUUCCAAAGGUCGCUGAUUUCGGCCUUGCAAAAUUGUACCCAAGGGAGAAGAGCUUUGUGUCAGAUAGGGCUUUACGAGGAACAUUUGGGUAUAUGGCUCCAGAGAUGGCAUGUCGUAGUUUUGGCGUCAUAUCCAGCAAAUCCGAUGUUUAUAGCUUUGGAAUGCUGCUGCUUGAGAUGGCUGGAGGUAGAAAGAACGCAGACCCAAAUGCAAACUCAAAUUCGAGUAGGGCAUACUACCCAGCAUGGGUGUAUGACCAGCUUAUAGUAGAUCAACAAGUUGAUGAGAUAUCUAGUGCUAUUGACAUGCAUGAGAAAGAGAGGAAGCUGUGGCUUGUUGUGUUUUGGUGCAUCCAGAUGAAAUCAUAUGAUCGGCCAACAAUGAGUGAGGUCAUAGAGAUGCUCGAAGGGGAUGUUGAUGCGUGCAAGUGCCUCCGAGGCCAUUUUUCUGCGAUGGAGAUAGCACGCCGCCUCCUCCUGUGCCUGUGAUGGAUUCAAUUUGCCUUUACUCCUCCGAGUUGACUGCGAUCUCAGAGGAGGAGGAUGUGGAUGGAAUAACUCAACUAGAUAGUAGUUGCUUGCUAGGCUAUGAGCGAAGUAUUUGAAUCUAGCAAUUAGCGUUCACUAAUAUUAAUUUUACACUAGAUGGAGUACAAGACCAUUGUAAGCUAGUCCAGCUUGAACUUAUUUACCUAGCAGAUUGAAGUUGUUUUACGUGUAUGUAAAAUGACUAUGAAUAAACUACUCCCCCCAUCCCUAAAUGUUUGACGCCGUUGACUUUUUUAAACA